UGGUUACUCCUCUCACCGACUCCCCCAGAAAAAAUCAGGAAGAAGAAAAGAACCAGAGGAGGUGUCCAUAUCCUAGAGGAGGCAAUAUUUGGAGGUCAUAUACAAAGUAAAGGGGGUCCGAGGGCCCUUAAUAUCCCUGAAAGGCGUUUUACUCACCAUUAUCUGGUGAGUGCGGUUAAUGUUGGUUUUGCACAGGUGGAUGAUGGAGGUAUCCCUGGCACGGAAGAAUCCAAUGAAAAUAUAAUUUUUUCACGGGACUGUUUUUUUGGAUUUUGUCACUGGACUUAUUAUUUUUCAAAUUAUAUAUAUUUUUUAUUUCAUUAA